AGGCUCUCCGACGGGCUCAGAGUGGGGCGGCCAUGGAGCACUCCCGGCACCGCGUCUCCCUCGCAAGCCGGCGUGUCCAUCCCGGCUUGUCCUUCUACCUCACCACCUUUGGUCAGCUGAAGCUGUCCAUCGAUGCCCAGGCCCGGAUUCUGCUGCUCCACAUCAUGGAAGGCAAAGGCCUCAUGAGCAAAAAGCCUGGCACCUGUGAUCCCUACGUGAAGAUUUCUUUGAUCCCUGAAGAUCACCGACGACGCCAUCAGAAGACUCAGACCAUUCCAGGCUGCAGGGACCCAGUCUUCCACGAGCACUUUUUCUUUCCCGUCCAAGAGGAAGAUGAACAGAAGCGCCUCCUGGUCACUGUGUGGAACCGGGCAGGUGACUCCAGACAGAGUGGACUGAUCGGCUGUAUGAGCUUUGGGGUGAAGUCUCUCCUGACUCCAGACAAGGAGAUCAGCGGCUGGUACUACCUUCUGGGGGAGGACCUGGGCCGGACCAAGCACCUGAAGGUGGCCAGGCGGCGACUGAGGCCCCUUAGAGACCCGCUGCUGAGAAUGCCAGGAGGAGGGGACACGGAGGACAGGGAGAAACUUAAGAUCACCAUCCCGAGGGGGAAGGACGGCUUCGGCUUCACCAUCUGCUGUGACUCUCCAGUCCGAGUCCAGGCCGUGGAUUCCGGGGGCCCGGCAGAGAGAGCAGGGCUGCAGCAGCUGGACACGGUGCUGCAGCUGAACGAGAGGCCUGUGGAGCAUUGGAAAUGUGUGGAGCUGGCCCACGAGAUCCGGAGCUGCCCGAGUGAGAUCAUCCUGCUUGUUUGGCGCAUGGUCCCCCAAGUCAAGCCAGGACCCGAUGGUGGGGUCCUGCGGCGGGCAUCCUGCAAGUCAACGCACGACCUCCUGUCACCCCCAAACAAGCGGGAGAAGAACUGCACUCAUGGGGCCCAGGCACGGCCUGAGCAGCGCCACAGCUGCCACCUGGUAUGUGACAGUUCAGAUGGGCUGCUGCUCGGAGGCUGGGAGCGCUACACCGAGGUGGCCAAGCGCGGGGGCCAGCACACCCUGCCUGCGCUGUCCCGUGCCACUGCCCCCACCGACCCCAACUACAUCAUCCUGGCCCCGCUGAACCCUGGGAGCCAGCUGCUGCGGCCUGUGUACCAGGAGGACGCCAUCCCCGAAGAAUCAGGGAGUCCCAGCAAAGGGAAGUCCUAUACAGGCCUGGGGAAGAAGUCACGACUGAUGAAGACAGUGCAGACCAUGAAGGGCCACGCGAACUACCAGAACUGCUCAGUCAUGAGGCCACACACCCCACACUCAAGCUAUGGCACCUAUGUCACCCUGGCUCCCAAGGUCCUGGUGUUCCCUGUCUUUGUCCAGCCUUUAGAUCUCUGUAACCCUGCCCGGACCCUGCUGCUGUCAGAGGAGCUGCUGCUGUACGAGGGGAGGAACAAGGCUGCUGAGGUGACACUGUUUGCCUAUUCGGACCUGCUGCUCUUCACCAAGGAAGAUGAGCCGGGCCGCUGCAACGUCCUGAGGAACCCUCUCUACCUCCAGAGCGUGAAGCUGCAGGAAGGUUCUUCCGAAGACCUGAAAUUCUGUGUGCUGUAUCUAGCAGAGAAGGCAGAGUGCUUAUUCACUUUGGAAGCGCACUCGCAGGAGCAGAAGAAGAGGGUGUGCUGGUGCUUGUCAGAGAACAUCGCGAAGCAGCAACAGCUGGCGGCCUCGCCCCCACAGAGUAAGAAACUCCACCCUUAUGGCUCUCUCCAGCAGGAGAUGGGGCCGGCCAACUCAACCAAUGCUACCCAGGAUAGAAGCUUUACCUCACCAGGACAGACUCUGAUUGGCUGAGCAAACCCAAGGGCGGGACUCUGCUUCUGGCAACUUAACCCUUUCUUGGGCAUCCCCUACCACACAGUAACCUCACCUCAACUGGACCCAAAACUGAGGACCAACAUGGUGGGCCUAGGGUCACCUGAAGGGAGCGGCCCCACAGGUGUGUGUGGACUGGAUCAGAAGAACCUCAGUGGUGCGAGAAGCCCUGUGGGCAUGUGCACACUGACAUCAGAGUCCCGAGUGGAGAAGACUCCGAAAUGUAUCCCCUACAAGGAAGAAGAAGGCAAAAUGGCACCUGGGCUUCUGGUGAUUCCAGUGCCUGCCCUGGGGGCAGCAAGAGAGGUCGGGAGAUGUUGGCCCUAGUGGGGAAUCAUGCCCUAACCCUCCUCAGCCCGAAGACGUCUUCCCCCAGUCACGCAUCUGGACUCAUUCAUUCCUCCAUUCAGCAAACAGAUAUUUGGGGACAUCUGCGUUACACCAGGCUCUGUGCUAGGAGCGGGGGACACCGUGGAGAAUGAGAUGAACGUGGUCUCUGUGCUUAUCAAGAUUUCAGCUCUGGAAGGGGAGUUGCAUGAAGUAAAUGGACAUUGUCACCCGUGUGUAUGUGCGCAUACACACGAACACUCACAUGAUCACAAAGUGUGAUGGUCCGUGAAGGAAAAGAACAGAUUCCUUUAAGAGAGAAUAUUACUUAGAUUGUCCUGUGUGUGUAUGUGUGGUGGGGUGAUGGAGAUCAUAACUUUGAAGCUGGGACCUGCCAGCCGGAGAGGGUUUAGCCAGUCAAGGACUUGGGAAAGAGUGUUCCGGGCACAUGGAACAGCCUGCAGAGGGUGCCUGAGAUGGAAGCGUGGCGUUCUGGAGGGACGGGGCCAGGCCAGUGUGGCUGGCGCUUAGUGAGGAGGGUGGGGGCCAGGUCACUCAGGGCUGUGGUGGUUAAUGUUUUAUUGAUUUUAUUCAAGGCACACUGGCAAGCCAGAGAAGGCUUUUGAGAAAGGGAGUCACAGAGUUUCAGGCAUAUUUCUAGAGGAUCAGUCUCAUAAGGGGCCCAAGGAGCUGUGAGGUCAGUUAGGGGGUCCCUUUAGUUCUCUGGGUGAAGGGUGGUGAUGGCCUGUCCUGGAUGGUGGCCGGGGAGGUGGGGAUGCGAAUGUCCAGUCCCUGGGAUGUGGUAGAGGCUCUGGAGUGAGUAGAGAGAAUUCCUUGCUUCUUCAUUCCUGCCCCCCCACUUCCCCCACUAUGCCUUGCUGUCUCAGCGGGUGCAAGUGAAGACUGCAACCAGAGCCCCCUUCCAGAAGGCUCCUUCCAGAGCCCUGGCCAGGCCUGAGUAGGGACCAGUGCCAAGAUGUGGGGCUGCCUCUGGAAGUUGGGGGCAGUGGGUGCUUCUUCUGGCCAAGGUGGGAAAGUUCACAACCCCCAGCCUCAGCAGGCGUGGCCUGUGCUGCCCCUCCAUCCUGUGCUGAAUGGUCUGACCGGAAGCUGGAAUACACCCUCUGGAAACUGAUUUGGUUUGCUUUCAGUAGCGCUCCUAAAGUCAGGGACCAGGGCGAGGCGCAGCUCAGCACUCUAGAGGAGACUGUCCUGCCACCAGGCUAAAGAAAGACCUCCCAGGGGGCCGUGAUUAGCCUGCUCCCUGACUGCCACAACCCCCACUGGGGCCCAGGGCCCGCUGGUCUCACGCUGCUUCCUGUGAGGCCUAGAGCAAGGGAAGCCCAAGGCCACAGGUGUGAGUGACAUAGCUUGUGCAUGAGUGGGAUGUACAGGGUCAGGGCUGCUUGCAUGGGGAGAGGGGGUCAGAGAGGCUGGAGAGGUGACUCGAGUCAGAAAAGCUCCAGACCCUGGACACUCGGCGAUGUCCUUUAAGACCUCCGAAGUAUCUUUGGAGAGGGCUCUUGUGCCCUGGUGAGUUUGCUUCACUGCUGUGGUCACCCGACCCCCAAGAAGGGCGGCCCAGGGGAGAAUUCGUUCCUCACCGCUCACCCUCCUCCAGUCUAGGAAAGAUGAGGCGCGAGGCAUGAGUGGUCUAACGGGUGGAAUGUACCGCCCGGGACCAGGCAGUUCCCCACCCCGCAGGGGGAUAGGCUCGGCCCCGAGUGGACAAGUGAUGCACAGUGUCUGUCAGCCAGGACCCGGCCGCGGGGCUCAUUCUGAGAGGCUGAGCAGCUGGGUCCGCUCAGACGGCACUGCGGCUGCACUUUGAUUUCAUUUGAUUCCCUUGAAAAUGACAUUAAGGAGAAUCGCCUGUCUGGGAAGACAGCAAGCUUGUCCCUCUGGGACCUGGUGACUGACCUCUCUCCACCAGACAGGUGCAGAGGACAGGAGUUUGGGCAGCGAGGUGGAGAAUCCGAAUGCAGUGCCCAGCCCUGGUGACAGGGCUUUUUCCCCUGCUUGCCCCAGCUAGCUGCUGAGUUGGACACUCAUGCUCACGUCAGGGACCAAGGCCCCGCCGGUGGCUGGGGCAGCAGAUGUCAGCUCCUGGAGAAGCCGUGACUGUGGUGAGCCAGAGUGCCAUUGCUGCUCUGCCUGUCAGAUUGAUGACACAUUUAAUUUGGCUCCACGGGCUUGAGAUGAUGAGACCUGACUGGCAGCCACUGCUCUUCAGUGCCCUCGUCCGUCCCAGCCGUCCAGGAAGAUGGACAAGCCACCGAAACUGCAUUUGAGAGUCAUAAUCACGGGAAACACAGCCGAGCCCCUCCCUCCCUCUGCAUAAAUCACAUGGAGAAGCACACACAAUGGUCUCUUUCCUGAUGGGCCAAUUGUCUUAGUUGGGUGUCUCUGGGCCUCUCUGGGCCGAGGGGCUGGCAGGAUGGGACCGCAAGCAUUUAUUGUUGAAAAGGCCAUCUGUGUGAUUUGAAUACAAAGUGGUCCUUUCAGUUCCCCGGUACGCCCUCCAUUCUCGUUUUCAUGUGUUCUUGUGUCUCAGGCUCUGGGUCUUUUGAGACUCUUGGCCUCUCCUGUGUGCAGUCACACGUGGGGCUCUGCUGGUCCUGGGGCUUUGGGCCCUUUGGGAAGUGGAACUUGUGGGAAAUAAUGAUGCUUAUUUAUGUAUGUCUAGUAUUUUUAAUUCUUUAAUUUUUUCCAAAAAUUCUGCCACCCAAACCCUCAUUUCUUACACACGUUACCAAGGGGGUUCUGUGAAGUGAAGGUGCAGUUUCACAAUGUCAGGGGCUCCCCAAGUGAGAGCAUGGGCUUUGGAGAGGGCGACCGGGGGCCCAGGCAUCGUGUCCCCGAGGCCUCCCAGCAGCCUGGCUUUGUGAAUGAAAGGGACUAGAACUAAGAGGCAUUCGGUGAUUUGUCCAGGGUCACACAGCUGGUUAAAGGCUGAGCUAUAGCCCUUACAUCUAGGCCUUCGAACCAAAUCCAUUGCUCUUUUCAAUGCCAAGGUUUGCCUUUCAAGGAUGAAAGUGAGAGAAAUCAGUCAUCUCCUCCAGAAAGAAGCAGGAGGAAGCUAUUCCGCCUGCAGGAGUUGUGGUCCUUUAAGCUCUCGAUGGGAUGCUUUAGGACAAAUAAGUGAGAUGCAACAUUCUCCAUGCAGUGGAGAAUGAACUUCGGAGCUCGUGUUUCUGAGGAGUGGCCGAAAGGAUCAGUAGCUUCACACAGAAUUUGAAAAGUCUGAUAUGAAAGACAAGGUGGAGCUCCUUAAGACAGACCGGGGUGGGGUGGGUGUUGGCACGGGGACUGCUGGGCCACUCCCUUCCCUCUUUGGGUCUCACAUUCAACAGGACCAGCAGACGUAGCCCUGGGUGUCCAGCAGCGAUGGGGCGUUGGCCAGAGGCAGAAAGGGAUGGCUUCGGGUUUAGGCCAGGUACACUGAGCCAGGGCAGGAGAGACUGUUCCAGGUUCUGGGCCCAGAUUUUGCUAAUAAUGGGCUGGUUUCAAAUCUUAACUCUUAGUAAGUGGGAAUGAACCGGACUGGAUUUCAGAUACCUGCCUAAAGAAGCAGACUCUUCCCUAAAAUGCUCCGCUGUUUUCCAGUCUCUCCAGGUCCCCUCCCACCUCCUACUGCUUUUCUGGCUGUGGAUAGACUGCCUUCUUCGGCAUCUUGCCCUUGGACUCAGCCACCUCGCUAUUCUAUUCUUUUUUUAGCUCUUAACAAAGACAGCACAAUCUUAUCAUCUGUCCUGUCUUGACCUUAUCUUCCCUUCAGCUUUUCUCUGCAUAGGGCGGCCAUCCUCCAGAUUAGUCCCAGAUCUCUGGUUUCAGGGUAGAAUAAUAACACUAGGUAAUUUGGUGAGCAGGUAUACUGUGAGCCUGGCACAGUGCCAGGUUUUUGACCUACAUUGCCUCUUAGGUUCUCAUUUCAGCCUCUUGCAGCGGUUCAUUAUCCCCAUCACACAUUUACUCUCAUUAUACCCAGCUGAUAGAUAAAGACCAUGUCUCAGAGAAGUUAGGAAACUUGCCCAAGGUCACACAGCUAGUGGGCGUCUGGACUCCAGAGCAGCUGCUUUCGAUGGCUCUGUUCUGUUGUUUUUCAGUAAUCAUGGAAAGCAGCAUCCACAUUGACAGGGGAAAGGAAUGCUGAACAGUCAUGGUCAACUUCAAGACCAGUGAGAAAGGCCAUGGUCUUCGGAGUCAAGCUCAGAUCUCAGCCCACCCCUCAAGGCUGUCCCUGCUUGCACUGCACCCCUGCUUUGUGCUUGCACCCCGGCCACACCCGACUACUUCCCCUUCUCCAAACUCCCCGUGCACACUCGUGUUCAGGCUGUUCCUUCUGUCGGUUGCCUCUGCCGACGCGAUCCCCAGCCUUCGGGUCUUGGCACCUCCUUGAGGCACCUUUCUCAAGCUUGCAGCAGAAGUCCUGGCUUCCCCUCUGCAUUUCCGCAGUAUUUUGUUCAUUCUUCGUACAGCAUGGUAGGCGGGCGUGUCUCCCAGGAAGCCAGUGGAGGCCAUAUCUUACUUAUUUUCUGUUACUGCCUGGUCCUUAGGGGGUGUUGUAGGAUUGAAUUGGGUCACAUGAUUCAGACCCCUCCUGUUCUGGAAUCUAGUUGAGGCAAUGGAGGCUCACAAGUAGGCAGUGAGCUGGCCAGGGUCAUGGGACGAGUUAGUGGCCGAGCUGGGGCUAGAACUCAGGCCUCCUGACCCCCUUGGCUCUGAGCUUUUUCUACCGCACCGCAGCCCUGCAAGCCCAGAGCCUGGAACCCCACUUGGUUUACUAAGCAGCCUGGCCAGGUUCACUUCGGGGUCAGGGAUCCAUCAUACUCUGUACUGACUUCUGGGCAUCCUCCGAGGGAAAGGAGACCUGAUGAGAGCGACUCCUAUGGUUGGUUCUCUUCCCUCUCACUGAGCCUGUGGCCCUCAGAGAAACCUUGGGUCGGGUUCUGAGGAUCUUGGUUCAAAUCCUCAUUUUUCUGGUAACUCACUGGGUGACUUUGGACAAAUUACUGCACCUCUCUUCAAUGCAAACCCCAAACUGAGGAAUAUAGUACGAUAUUCAUUUUGUAAAUAUAAAAUUCGAUAGAACUGUAGACUCUGAAUGUGAAGCUGAAAAGCUCCGCCCGCUGAGAUCAAUCGAUUAACAAGCUGAUUUAUAAAAACGAAGGCCAGGAGAGGCAAGAACUUGGUCAAAGGCACAUGGUUGGUCCUAGAGCUGGAGCUAGGACCCAACCCCCUACCUUCUAGGCCAGGGCUCCUCUUCAGUGACUUUUGAAGAAUUUGCCACGUGGAGAAGGGGGAGGGGACGUGGACUGUCUUAGAUGCUCUCGUCAUCUCUCUUAGCUGUGUUGUCAGGAAAAGUAAGUCACACCGCUUUGGGCUAUAAUGGAAAAAGUGAGACACGGCCCAGCUAAAGGCUUGGGGGUGGGGUGGGGUGGUUGUCUAAUCUGGUAGCUUGUCUAGAGAUGUCUGGUAUGUUCUUGCUGCAGGGAAUGAAUGAGGCUGCUGUUUCACCUGGAGGUCAGAGCUAGGCAGGACUCAGGGAGGUUCUCCCUGUGGUCAGUUCUAAAAAUAGCAGUGGGAUGGAGCUGAGGGGAAGAGGAGGGGUCUCCUUCGGGAGCUGGGUGGGACCUCACCCCCUUCCGCUUCCCGCCAGACCCUUUGUGAGGAAGUGCUACAGAUUCAGAGAGGUUAGAUCUGGGCUGGGUCCUGGAGCCAUCCUCCCCCACGUCCCCUUGUCAUACAGAAGAGGAGGCCCUGGAGGCUGGGAGAGGGGAAAAGACUGGCCAGCAGCCACCGAGCCUAGGGAGAAGGUCCCAGAUGGCAGGCUGUCUUCCUCCUGCUGUUGCAGCAGGGUGGCUGCAGGCUGCGAGGUUUUCUCUCACUGCCUCUGGGGGAGCACAGGGCCUGGGAAUUCCUGGGGCCGGAUGUGGUCAGCUUCCUGAGAGUCGCCCAGCAGGCGAGAGUCCUCUAGUCUGCCCUGAGCCCUGACCUCAGCCAGUUGGCUGUUCAGUGCCACACCUUCCCUUUGCUAGUGCUCCCAUCCUUGCUGAUUUGUCCUUCUGUCACCUCCCCCCCCCCCCCCCCCACUGUCUGCAGGGAGAGAGGACAAGGGCUAACACAGAACUGGUGUGCAGGACAGAGGGUCGAGUGUCCUGGGACCUUUUCUCUGCUCUGCCCCAGGAACAAGCAGAGGCGGCUAAGGGAGAGGCAGGGACCUGGGUUUCAAGGCAGGCAGGUAGGCGAGGGUUCUAAUCCCCGCUGUGCCUUUCACUAGCUGUGGGAUUACUGGUGGGUCACCUGGCAUGUGUCAGAUGAGACGGGGACACUUCUCUCCCCGGGGUUUGUGAGGAUGAAAGGGAUUAGAAGGCACUCAGUGAAGGGGACUGUCCCCACUAGAUCGGGCAUGAAUGCACGCUCCACUCUGCGCCCCUCACUCUCUGCGCCCCUUCCUCGAGGCCUCCAGGCACAGGGUGUGGCAGGCGUAUGGUGCAGUUAACAUUUUUGUUGCGGUGUUACAAAAUUACCCAUGUUUAUCAUGAAGAAAACAGUACAGAUGAACCAGGAGAAGGAAAUGAAGUCCACCCGUAAUCCCAACACCCGGAGAAAACCACCGGUCACAUUUUGGGCUGUAUUCCGUCAGGCAAUUGUUUAUACGUACAUACAUCUUAUUUGCAAUUUGGGGUUACCAGUGCACACAGUUUUCUAACUUGCUCUUUUCCCAUUUAACAGUGCAGUAUAUCCAUGUUUCCAUGUCAAUAAAUAUUCUUCUGCAACAUCA